AUGCAGAAGAAGGAGGCUCUGGCUCCGGCCAAUCUGCUAGAGAGGCAAGAUGAAGUGCUGAAAUGGCUUGAAGAGCAGCCAGACCAGGACCAAGCUGACUUUGUUGAGCAAUGCUCCAAAUCGCACGCACCGUCCUUGCAGCAAUGGGCCUUCUCUGGGGAUGUGAGCAAGAAGGCCUUUACCUUCUACAUUGAGUGGAACGAAACAGACCAGCAUAGGUCCAUGAAGCUGGUUCUGGACCUCCUUGCCCAACUUGACAAGAGAAACCCAGACACUCAAGCGGCCAGAGCGACUAGAGAUGAUCUGUUGAACUGUCUCAUCUCCAUUUUAACAGGGAAAUCCACAAAGCCCGUCGUCAAAUCCGCCAUCAAGACAAUCGAUCACUUUCUUGCCAAGAACGUUUUCACCUUGGAGGACCUCCGCGACACCCAUGUCAAGUGUCGUUCUCUGCCUGGUUCUACUGACGAGGCGGAGACGUGGCGUCGGCUCUUUGCAGACAUCAUAUACUGGGCUCGCAUGCGUACCACUUCUCCCGUCACCGGAAAGCUCAUCGUCAACUUGUAUCGUGUCUUGCGAACUCGAGAGGGCCAAUGGGUCAUCGAACCUAGUCGCUUCCAUCAGUGGUUGCUAGACUUCAUCCAGGAUGAUCUCAGUGCGCUCGAGGAUGUCAAAAACUACAUCUUCCUGCCAAUGUUCAAGGUGGACCGCGCAGAAUCAUUGAGAUACCUGAAGGCUGUCAGCGACGUCGACAACGCAGCAUGGGAUCUGAACCAGCAAGUGAGCAUGCCGACUCUCUUGCAGCUUGCUGCUUUGGAGACCGGCACAUACUUCGCUGACUCAGAUCCCAAGUUUCGAGUCAAUGUUAUGGCUCGCGCCAGAGACAUGUACCGGAGGGUCAGGGGCGCCAUCGCUACACUUAAGCGCAGCAUACCACGGGCUCGAGCCAAGGCGAAGAAACUACAAGAGGCCGCCAAUGCCACGUCUGAAAGUAAUGAACGGAACACAAUCGUUCAGCCCAUCAUGUACCAUACGAACCUCAUAUACUUGCCGGAAAGCCAACUGGUGCAGUGUUUGGAAGAGCAUGUGCAGUUCCUGCGUUGGUACAAUGACUUUCUCCGCACAGAGCUCGCUCCCACUUCUUCAUACCAAAGGCACUAUGGGUCACUGAAGGCUCUGUCGUUUAUUUUGCGAAUGGAGGCCGAUCCCAACAAGGGAUGGGAGACAGAAGAAGACCAGGAGCUAAUAUACGAUAUGUUUGGAUCGUCGUGGGCUCGCGCGCUAUUUGAUCUGGUCAUGGAUCCUUUCGACGAUGUACGCGAGUACGCAGCAGCAGCCAUCAAGUCGCUUCACGGCAACGACAAGUAUCGCAAGUUCCGACUCACGACAUCCCAGUCCCGAACGGACGAUUUGCGCGUGCAGCUGAAGCGCUCACUCGAAGUGGCGCAUCGUACGUCCAGGGCUGAUCAUUCCGACGGUGCAGCCAGAGCCAGUCAACUUCUGUACAAGUUUUCCAGCAGCGGCGAUGAACGGGUGGCCGUGCUUUCACGCCUCCUCGCGGAGCUGGAGGACCGUCUCUUGGCUGCUGAAGCUGAUCUCGGACAGGCCGUCUUAGUCAGCGAGACAACAUUCGACCCAAAGGAGCUCGAAGCUGUCAAAUCCCUCCAGAGCCAGGCAGUCCAAUGCUGCUCACGGAUAUGGCAAGCUGUCCGUAGCAUUCUCUGCGACGACUCGCCCGAAGGCUACUUGCCCGAGGAAAUGGAGGCUUUAGAAGGAUUGGACACCAAGGAUGUACUCAGCUACAGUUUCCGUGCAGUUCACGAGGCGAGCAAUCUCUUGAAAACGAUCAUUUUAACAACCAAGAAUCAUGCCAACAGCCAGCUCAUUAGUCCAUCCGUUGAGAUCUUUGAACGGAUUGGGGACCUUACUUUUGAGCAGCUGGCAACACUGAGACACCGUGGCGCAUUCUCCACGGUAGCCAACACCUUCACCUCCUGCUGUCAGCAAAUCAAAUUUGUUGAAGCCAUGUCGAAAUCCAAAGGGGAACAGCUCCUGUGCCAAUGGUACAAGGGCACAUUAGAAUCGAUUUAUGGCCAAGUCUCAACGACUCGCAGAUCAGCCGGUAUUCCCUCGCUCAUCACUGGCAUUCUCUCCGCCAACGCCGCCAGCCCUUCGUUCGAGCAAGUCAUUGAAAAACUCUUUGAUAUAGCUAGCGUGGAGGCUAGAGUACGCGAGACUGAUGCGUCAAAUUUGCCGCAAGUGCACGCCUACAACUCCAUCAAGGACAUUUUCCGAAACUCUCUCCUGACUGCGCUCGGCAACAAAUCAGAGAAAUACCUCACCCCGGCGCUUCAGCUGGCAGCCAACGGUCUCCGUUCCGAAGUAUGGGCCAUUCGCAAUUGCGGCUUGAUCCUGCUGAGAAGUCUGCUCAAUAUGCUCUUCGGUCACCACGAGAGCAAGUCCAUGAUUGAGGCUGGAUGGGACGGCAAAGCGAACCGGAUCCCCUACCACAAAUACCCAGCUUUGGUGGAUGUUCUUGUGGACCUUCUCGAGUCGGGCGAGAAGAACGCAGAGGCACCCGCAACGUUGGACACAUCAGGAGCCGAGGCUGUCUUUCCGGCUCUUGACAUUAUUCGACGAGCCGGACCGCCAGAGGCCCUCCGAGAGAAGCUACAAGACCUUGUCGCCAAGUAUCUUGCCGAUCCGGUAUGGCACGUGCGAGAGAUGGCCGCUCACCCUAGCUCACACGUCCAGAACCACGUUCACGGCGUGCUUUUAACCUUGAAGUUUGUGUUUGAGAGACUCAGCAAGGUUGCGCCGGAGCAUAUUAAUGCCCACCUAUCUGAGCUCGUCGGGUUACUGGAGCAUGAUAGACUGGAAGAUCGUUUCCAAUCUUCCCCCGAAGUGAUAGCAGCGUACUUGGAGCUGUUCAACCAAAUGCAGUCUUUCAGUCUGAUCAGGUCGAUACCGCUUGGCUUCCGUCCCUCGCUGCCGAAAGACCUCAAAGGCAGCGCGCUUCUCAAGAUCCAAAAAUCCGUAUUCGAUACGUAUGCCGCGUACCAGAGCCCAGAACCAGUACAGCAGCUUCGAAAAAUCUUGGUCGUCGAAUCGCCAGGUUCAGACGGCGUCAUUGCCUCCAUUGAGCUGAUCCCCAAGCUCUGGAAGACUUCGUCGCUGGCUGACGACACAUACUCAGCUCUUUGCGUGCUAUAUAUCGACCUUUGUCUUAGUACAACGGUCAGCGAACAGCAAGCUGCUGCGUUGGACAAUCUUGCAGAUGCUCUUAGCGAGAGGCCGAUAUAUGAGAGCAACGUCAGUGAACGACUCGUGGAGAUGUGGACAGCGUUGCCCAAUGCACCGACAAGCCCGUUAUUGUCGAACGCUGUUUUGCGAGCCAGUGGCUGUAUCAUCCCCAUAUUGUCACGCAACGGUGUUGUUCAGUCCGAGGGGCUUUGGCAAUGGGGCAGAAUGGUCGCUGAUGCUGGUCUUGAGGACAAGAGUUUCGACGUUCGAUACGCUGCGACGGAGGGACUUUUCUUCUUCUUCAAGUCUGCCGCUGCCCAUUGCACGUCUGAGGAGCAUCUACCAGCUUUUCUUGCCGUCUACGACGCGCUCAAUGACGACGACAAUGAGAUACGUGAGCUUGCAGCGGCCGCCGCGCAAUUCGUAUAUGGACAGGCCCUUGUGCCCCUCGAGGCUGCCACGCGUCUCCUAGACUGGCUCGCGCAGACGUUCAACAACACUGCCAGGUUUGAGGAGAUUGUUGCGACAAGGUUGACUGGAUCCAAGGGGCACGGCACCGCGUGGCGGCCAGCAGAGGACAUGAUCAACCACGCCCUCAAGCUUGAUGACGCUCUCUUUGCCAUUGAGGAGCAGAAUCUGUUCUUUGAUGAGGUCAGAGAAGUGAAGAGAUGGAGCAGCACUUUCACCACCUUGAGCUGGGCCGGUACGGAGACUUCAUUCACACAGCUCGACCGUUGGCUGGUAGGCGGUAUGCGCCGCCUGCAUCUGCUCUUCGAACAGGGUGAUGAGCCAUUGGGAUGGGGCUCAGCGCCUCAUGUUUUUGCCAUAUGCUCUACCAUUCUAGUUGGAUCCUCCGUACUUGUUGCGUCUGGCAAGGCUAGCGCAGAGCUGCAGGAUGCAUUCCGUCAGUCCGCGAUCAUCAAUACUGACGAUCAGAGGAGUGGGAUCAAUGGGUUACUGAAGGCUUACUUUACGUCUAAUAGAUUCACUGGAUAG